ACUUUCAUCAGUAUGGUCAGUGUACUGUGAGGCGUCGAGGGGGAAGUGUUGAUGCUCUACACUCCACCCAAUGGCUCCCAACACUUCUAAAAGUGGGAAAUCUACCCCUAAGGUUUCCCAGAAACUCAACUCUGUGGAGAAAAUAUUCAUUAAGUACAGACGGUGUGACUCGCCACAAACUUGGUGGAUUGUGUUUGGUGUGGUGUGUUUGCUGACUGCUGCCACAAGAUUCUACAAAGUUGGAGAGCCAGAACAUGUUGUGUGGGAUGAGACUCACUUUGGCAAAUUUGGAAGCUGGUACAUAAAUCGAACCUUCUUUUUUGAUGUCCAUCCUCCUCUAGGAAAGAUGCUGAUAGGAGCAUUUGGUUAUUUAACUGGAUAUGAUGGCAUGUUCCCAUUUGUUAAGCCUGGAGACUCUUAUGAGGGUGUCAGUUAUCUGGGCAUGAGAGUGUGUUGUACAGCAAUGGGGGCCUGCUUGGUGCCUUUUGCCUUCAUAAUCGUGUGGGAGAUGACCUUCUCGUUGCCUGCUGCAACAUUGGCAGCUUCAUUAAUUCUGUUUGAUGUGGGUUUAUUGACAUUGACACAAUAUAUCCUGCUAGAUCCCAUUCUCCUCUUCUUUAUCAUGGGAUCUGUUGUGGGCAUAGUUAAAUUCCAUGCCCAGCGAGAAAAGCCAUUCAGCAUCUCUUGGUGGGCAUGGUUGUGCUUCACAGGAAGCAUGUUAUCAGGAUCAGUGUCAACAAAGUUUGUUGGCCUUUUCGUUGUAAUCUAUGUAGGUCUGCACACAAUCAAAAGUCUUUGGGAUCUCUAUGGUGAUCUUAAUAAUUCUUUGACCUAUGUGGCAAAACACUUCUUGGCUCGUGCAUUGGGUCUCAUUGUCCUACCAGUUGUUCUUUAUUUUGUCUACUUCUACAUUCACCUGACUGUAUUAUGCAAAAGUGGGAAUGGUGAUGGUUUCUACAGUUCUGCAUUCCAGUCACAGCUGGAGGGAAACUCUCUGUAUAAUGCCAGCAUGCCUCUAGAACUUGCAUAUGGAGCAGAGAUAUCCCUGAAGAAUGCCAGAACAGGUGGUGGAUAUUUGCAUUCUCACAUACAUCUGUAUCCUGAAGGUUCAGGGGCUCGGCAGCAACAAAUAACAACGUAUUCACAUAAAGAUUUCAACAAUAAGUGGCUUGUGAAGAAAUGGAAUGAAGAGCCUGGUGACUGGGAAGAUGAUGACCCUGUUGAAUUGGUUAAGAAUGGAGACCUUAUUCGUCUUGAGCAUGUGCCCACUGGUCGAAACCUUCACUCUCAUCGUGAGCCAUCACCUGUUACAAAACGUCACCAUCAGGUUACUGGAUAUGGUGAAAAUGGUAUGGGGGAUGUGAACGAUGUAUGGCGUGUGGAAGUGGUAAAUGGUGAAGAAGAAGAAGUUGUGAAGACUGUAGUUCACAAGCUCCGAUUUGUUCACUACUUGGUUGGCUGUGCUUUGAUGUCACAUAAUAAACAAUUACCAAAAUGGGGCUUUGAACAAAUGGAAGUCACUUGUAACCCAAAUGUGCAUGACCUUAACAACUUGUGGAAUAUAGAAGAAAAUGUGUUCCCAAAACUACCAAACUCCAGUUUUGAGAUCUAUGGUCCAAACUUCGUAGAGAAGUUCCUAGAGUCUCACACUGUUAUGUUCCAAGGUAACUCUGGCCUCAAGCCCAAAGAAGGAGAAAUAACUUCCCAACCUUGGCAGUGGCCAAUUAACUUCAAGGGACAAUGGUUUUCAGCCAUUGAUGGCUUCAAGGUGUACCUGCUUGGUAACCCCAUCAUUUGGUGGGGCAACUUGUUUGUGUUGGCUGCUUUCGUGCUCGUCUAUUUCUACCAUGCUUACAGGACACAAAGAGGAAAAGUGGAUGAUACAGAAACUAAAGCUCGUCGUGACAAAACCUUGGAAGCCUGUGGAUGGCUAGUGUUGGCAUGGGGCCUUCAUUACCUGCCUUUCUAUGCCAUGGGUCGUAUCCUGUACUUCCAUCAUUACUUCCCAGCACUCCUGUUCUCCUCAAUGCUUACUGGUGUUAUUCUUGAUUAUUUGCUUGAGAGUCUGCCUAGCAUGGUUCCUCAGUACCUCUCAUCAUCAGUGUAUCCCUGGCUCACUGGAUUAUUCUAUUCUACUUUAAUUUAUAGCUUCUACCUAUUUGCACCACUUGCAUAUGGAAUGCACAACUUGGACCCGAGCUUUGAGAACAGUACUGUACACCAAAUUCGCUGGUUAGAUUCUUGGGAAUUUUAGGCAUUGCAUUCAUCCUGUACUGAUUAGUGAAAUAUGGCAACAGGAGUGAAAGUUUAAGCAAAACUCUUAAAUAUGAACAUUUGGUAUAUUCUGUCAGUCCAUCCUUUGAGCAUAUCUGUGCUGUAAUUAAAAACUAGUUAAAUUAAACAAUGAUCUUUUAGAUUUAGAUAUUUUUCACUUUAAUUGAUAAAGCGUAUUAGUUAUUUUUCCAAAGAAUUUAGAUCUGUUACAAUAAUCUGAUUUGUUUAAGUUGUUGGUUUUGGUGUAGUCUUUUAUAAAAGAUGUUUUAUUGUAGCUCCACACCUCUUUUUUUUUUUUUUUUUUUUUUUUUUUUUUUUUUUUUUUUUUUUUUUUGGUGGGGGGGGGGGGGGGGGGGGGUUGAAGUAGCUCUUUGACUAAGAUUCCCAUGAUAAUCUUGUACUUGUUAAUUUAAUAUUUUAUAAAAUUUAUAAUAAAAGUAUAACGGGUAAUUUGCCUGAUUAAGUAGUUUCCUUUUGUAUUAGUGGAGUAACAGCAUCUUGUCAAAUUUCUGUAGUAUAUAUAAAAAUUAGGUUAAAAUAUAAAAAAAAAAAAUUGAGGCAUAUCAGCAGGGUAGUAUAAUAUACCAAGGUUCAAAUUUCUAGUUUGAAUCAUUUUAUUAUAAUACAGAAAUUACAAAAGUUUUCUUAGCAAUUGAGAGCUUUGGAAAUGCUUUACUAAUAGAUACAAAAUAGUUUGAUAAUGCACCUUCCAUCAACAUAAAAAAAAAAAAAUUGAUAAUGUUGAUACCAGAAGCUUUAAGAGUAGACAGGAAUGGAAUAAUGUAGCCAUAGGUAGUUAUCCAAAAGUUUUGUAAGAGGGAACCAGCCCAAUUUGUGACAUAGGUACCAUGGAACCAGCCCAAAAAAUACUAUAUCAAGAAUGGUCAUUUCAGCAGAAUUAGCCUGAAGACAUUGCAGAAGAAGCAUUGAUUGGGAAAAUGUUUUGCUUUGUGUUUAGAUUUAUAAAGUCUGUACAACUUGAUAAAGCUUUACACAGCAAAGCAUUCCAAUAAAA